AUGCUGAGUCCGGCGGCUCACUCGGGCCGAGUCCUUACCAGAGUACGAACUUAUAGCUCUCUACCCCCGCCAACCUACUUUGGUCCGCGAACAUCGACUUCGUCUUCACCGCACCCUCAGUUGAAGGUAGCGAAUCCGCCAAAAGAGGCCGUGCGGAAACCUCUUCUGGAGCUGGCUACCGUCCUGUCGGUGAUAGCGUUGUCUUUUUUUGCCAUUGACAAUUAUCGAUCUCGGUUGACCCUGGAGUUGAAGAUGGAGGAGAACGCGGUACGUUUCAAGGAGGCUCAGGAGUCGCUAGCUCAACAGGCCAAUGCUCAUCGCAAGAAGAGAGAGCUUCAGAUUUUGAACGAACGCAAAUUGAUACAAACACGCGAUAUGAAAGCGGUCUUGCAUGUUGCAAUGCUACGGAAACAGCUGACAGACGCUGGUAUAGAGCCCGUUGCGAUUGCCCAAGUGUUGCAGGAGUUUGAAAAAAAUGUAAGGAUGGAAAACAGUGUUUCCAACGUUAGCGGCACCCGGCUAUGGCUGACCAGCGAUAGUGAAUCCAAAGCCUAUAUUUCUGACAUUCGCGAAUAUGAUGGUAGAAAAUGA